CUCCUUCCUCUUUCAAAAACAGAGACGACACAUCGCAAAACAUAUCCCGGUAAAAAAACGUGCACAGGCUUUUCAUAACUUUCCCUUGACACACGUAAUUCUUGCACCAUCGUAUCGCGUCGAGCUUGCUCUCCACGAUGACUCUUUCUCCUUCUGUGUCCCAAAAUUUGUGCGUGCACACCCCUAUAGUCAAAAAAAACACGCAUCUCAACAACGAAAUUUGCGCCGCUCUCAUCGAGAAAAAACAUUUCACAAAAAACCGAUACGUGCACAUACAUCAUAGCGGUCAUCGACCUCCGCAAACACUCUCAGCCAAUAUAUUAUCCGCGUCUUGUUGAGCAACGGCUGCUACAUUUUUGCGCAUUGGAAAGAACAAAGCGUCCAGCCCUAUAAACGUAAGACUUUUUUGUGUUGUUCAAACGCCUAGACCGAGAGGAAAAGCAGUAAACGUUAUUCCGACUUGUGCGUGUGUCUCUGUAUACCACUUGAAAGAGACUAAGUAGCACGCUCCCACUCGCUUCCUUCUUUCAUCAAUCAAUCCUAGAUCAUGUCUUUCAUAUCGCUUGUGGGCUCUCCUCCGGACAGCGAGAGCUCCCCGCUUCUCUCUUCAACGCAGGCAGACGAUGAAAAAACGCCUACCUUGCCUCACGAGCCCGGCUUGACCACGGAUAUAUCUGCACAAUAUGCCAAAGAAAAGGCGUCCGUAGCAAAGAAUACCGAGCACAUAGUAGUUCUCUAUAACCGAAUUCUAGAGCUAUCAGAAUUCUUCGCAACGGAAAAAGACACACAAAAAAUGAGGGCAUUGAUCUCGAAGAACAUCGAAGCCGCAAAUGAAGUUGCAAACAAUAUACGGACGAGCAUUGCCAAGCUCGGCCGUCUGAAUGUUGGGACAGAGCAAGAAAAACGAGAAAAAAAACAGUACAUUGGAAAGUUAGAACAGACUUUUUCUCGCUUUUUCGUUGAGUUCCGCCAACGCACAGCCUGGAUCGAAGAGCAGAUGAAAUCUCCUCUUCCUGGCGCCAUCAGAGUCGGUGAUGGGGACGGCUCACUGAGUACUAGAGAGACAGGAUCUGAAGAAGAUACGAUGGCUCUGUUAAGAAAGCCCAAUGCUUCGGAUUUACAGUUAAUUGAAGAAGUCGAUUAUCAAAGUAUCCAGAUCAACGAGCGCGAUGAGGCUAUUAGAAAACUACGACGAGAAAUGACAGAAGUACACAACGUUUUUCAUGACCUAGCAAAUCUUGUCUCAGAACAAGGUGAAUUGAUCUUCGACAUUGAAAGUCAUAUCGAAAAUUCUGAACUCAAUUCAUCAAAGGCGACCGCAGAAAUAAGGGCUGCACAAAGAUAUCAGAAAAAAGAGAGCAGCAAUCUAUGCGUUUUCACCGUCAUCAUUCUUGUCAUCAUCAUCAUUUUGGUAUUGAUUCUGGUUCUUGUGUUCAAAGUGAAGUGACUAAAGAAUUUUUAUAAGAGGCACAUAGUGAGCUUUUAUGACCUUGUUCUCGAACAAUUUAUUCGCGUCGCCCAAAGUCGAGCCAACGCAUGUGGCUGUCGCGGAAAGCAACAUAAAAAAAAAACAGCAAAAAACGUUUUAUAAAAUUUAGCGCACAUCAGAUAUGAAUAAUA